AUGGCGCUUCGCGCGGCGGAGCUCCGGCGACUCCUCCUCCUCCGCGGCAACGCAGUCCUCCCGCUCCCGCUCGCGUCGCGCUGCCGGCCGGCGAGCACGUCCGCCCGUGACGAGGGGGGAGCGUCCAGCAACGCCUACGACGUGCUCGGGGUGGGAGAGACGAGCUCCUCCGCGGAGAUCAAGGCCUCCUUCCAUCGCCUCGCCAAGGAGACCCACCCGGACGUCGCUGCCGCCGCCGGUUCCCGCCGGUUUCUUCAGAUCCUCGCGGCCUACGAGAUUCUAUCCGAUUCGCAGAGAAGGGCUCACUACGAUAGCUUCCUGCGUUCGCAGAGGGUAGUUAUGCAGAAGCAUCCUAGGCCAUCGCAGAGUGUAUAUCCAUAUGGUUCAGGCAUUGCGGUGCCUAGAGAAAGUAAUGUUGUCGAAUGGCUUAAAUGGUAUAGGCUUACCGUCGACGACAUUGUCACGAAAAAGAGGAUUGCCACUGGCUCAAGUUAUUUUGAUAGGCUUGAAAGUGAACUGUACUCCGCAGUCCAUGCUGCGUACUAUGGCCCAGAGGUGGAGUCCAUGGAUUUCCUUCCUGAUUGCUUUGAAGCUGAGGAGAGGUCUGUGUGUGAGACCUCUGAGCUAUUGCACCUUGUAUCAGGCCGCAAUCUGUUUGGUAUUGUUAGUCUAGCUGAUAGCGUCCAAGAGCUGCCAGAUGCUUGUCAUCAGAAGCUGCCACAUGCUGGUUUUGGAACUUACGUGGUUACUCCAAACGUUACAGCAAACACGGAGAAAGAUUCAAUACCUAGUCCUGUAAAUAUUCACAAGAAAGCGGACGAGGAUAGUGAGAGCCCCCCAUCAGAUGCUUACAAGGAUGUUGAAUUGCGAAUCUGUGGGAGAGUAGUGGCCACUGCAAAUAGGAGGCUCAAGUGCAAUUGCAUCGACAAAUCAGACGUCGAAGAUCACAUACAUGUGUUUCUUGUUCCAAAUGAAGUGGCUGCAUCUGAUGUGACACAGGAGCAUCUCCUUUUGGGAACAAUCACUGGGUUGGACACCACUGGGGAGGAAGGAUCUUGCUCUGUCUAUGAUGGCCGUGGAACAGAGACCCAUCUAAUUGUGAAGCAUAGGACACUUAUGGUUAAACACAUGCAUUGGUAUCAAGUUGGAGACAAAGUUUCACCCUGUGAGUGUCGAUGUAGUAGGGCUCGGUUGCCACCUAGCAGGUAUUGGCUUUUUGAGCCACGUUGUUACAUGCAUGACACUGGUGGUUGGUACAUCGAGACAUUUGGGAGAGACAAGAAAGGGAGGACAGUUCUUUCACCAAGACAGUGGGAUGGUGUCAAUGAGCAAUCUGAAAAGAGAUUGCAUCCAGCACUGUAUCUGGUGGCUCUGGCAUACAGAUCUCUAGACCUUGAGGAUGCUCGAAGAAGAAAAUGGAACAUCAGGAAUUUCCUACAGCUGCAGUUAUCUCAUAUCCGUCAGUUAAGCAAAAAAAUGUUUGAUGGGAAAAAAGGAUUUGAUAUGGGAACACCAUGAGGAAUGGGCAGCAGUUUUAGGAUAAGGAUAUCCUUCUUUGGCAAUUUCUCUAAGCUGUGCUGAAAUGCCUUAUUGGCUCUGGCAAUCCUAUCUUUGGGAAGUUGUAGCUAUGUAGCAUUGUGGCCCUGGAUAAGGAAUUAGGGAUUUAAUAAUGCAGCUCUCUACAAAUCAUCACCAGAAGUCCAGAACCUUCCUAAGUCUGUUCACUGUUUUGCAUGCUUGAUGUCUACCAUUGGUUAACAAUAUUAACCGGGCUGAUGGCAGGAAUUGCAAACAGUUUGCAUGAAAUAGCUGAUCAUACCAUGGUGUUGGUGUCCAACAUAGUGCCCAUGCGUAUAUGUCUGGAAGUAUCUUAAAUCAAAACUUACGUGGAACAUGAAGCGCCAACUUAAUGGCGUAUUGUUUGGCUUAACUGAGCGGACUUUCAUCUGCUUUGCAUACCAAUGUUACCACUUCAUCAGUAGAGAAGAAGCGGUGUUACCUGCUGGCUGGUAUAUUCAGAAAGAGGAAUGGCUGUAGCCGCAAAUCUGUGAAGUGUGAUCGGGUACUUGGUUUGUGCUUUGUACUAUAGACUUGCUCCGGUACUCCUCCCAGGGAAUAAGAGCACACGCCUAUCUUCUUGAGAACUGAGAAAGCCGAAAAUGCAAACUGUCUGGUAUCAUAGACGAAGGAACAACGAAGCCCUUUCAAGCAUUUAAACAUCUGAAAUCUCUCACUGGCUUUUAACUAACUGUCCGUGGCUUCUGCUUUUUGCUAAUGGCGGUUAUAUUAGUUAGCUUAGAUGUGCUAUCAUGUAUGAAAUGUGCAACUAAAAUGUCUGUAACUGAAGUUGGGGAUUUGAUUUUCUACUGUACAAAUUUCUCCCAA